GUUGCAGGACUUUGUUCAAUGUCUGCACAUUGACAUCUUCCGCAGAAGUGCGCGCGGGAGUGAACAUGGGUUCCGCCCGUUCGUAUCUAUCCAAAUAUGUGGUGCUCGUGUGGACAUCUUGGUUCGUCGAUGCCGCAAUUCGUGAAUCUCCAGUCAUUCGAACCGACUCUGGCCUUGUUUCCGGUGUACGAGAGGCGAUUGAUGGCCGAGAAGUCGACAUGUAUUUGGGCAUUCCCUACGCAGAGCCUCCCACAGACCUUCUGCGCUUCAGCAAACCCAUUCCGAUCAAGCCCUGGAACGGAACGCUCAAAGCAACUAAAAGACCCAAGCCGUGUCCACAAAAUAUUCACUACUUGACGGAUGAAGUGAGUUUCUACUACACCAAGAAUUCGGAAGACUGCCUGUACCUCAACAUCCGGAAACCAGCGUCCGACUGUAAGCAUAACGUCUGCCCCUCCAAGCUUCCUGUGGUGGUUUUUAUGCAUGGUGGGUGCUUUCAGUGGAGUGACUCGGGUCUUUUCAUGCACGACGGCGGAAACUUCGCUGCUCUCACUGACACCAUUAUGGUUAGCUUCAACUACCGCCUCAACGUGUUCGGAUUCCUUUCUGCUGGAAACGAAGAUGUCGCCGGAAACUGGGGCCUCUGGGACCAGAAUCUUGUGCUUAGGUGGAUACAGAGGAACAUCAAUAACUUCGGUGGUGAUCCUUCGGAAGUCACAAUUAUGGGUCAUAGCGCCGGAGGCAUCUCUGCUGGCUUCCACGCCAUCUCUCCGCAGAGUGUCGGUCUGUUCAAGAGGAUGAUUCUUCAAAGCGGCAGCCCGAUGAACGCCAUAGCCAGCCUCUCGGCUCGUACCGUUGAAAGCGUUAUGGAACUCGGUGCAGAUUUGGCUUGUGAAGGUGUCAGAGAACGGAAACUGAGUGUAGUCAUGGACUGUCUGAGAAGCAGGGACAAAAACCUGUUGCUAGGGCAAUUGAGUGGCCUUGACCUACGUAAGAGCUUGUACGGGCCAAUAUACGGAGAUGAAUACGUUCCCAAUGACCCGCUCCUCCUUAGUACCUGGAAGAAGAAGAUCAGAAGCAAGGAGAUUAUGAUUGGAACUACGUCAAACGAAGGCUCCAUGUUUCUUUACGGUGCCAUGAAGAUCGUACCACAGCUUAAGGGUCUCCUUGCAGCAGAAUAUAGGUCAACCAUUACCAUCGCAACUGGAAGGGAGAGCACACUGAAGACGAAGUGUUCCAGGUCCUUGGUAAUAUUCUAGGAGACGGGCUUUUUGUGUGUCCAGCUACAAUCUUCGCAGACAUUGCAUCGGAGCAAAAAAUUCCAGUAUUCAGGUAUACUUUCGACUAUAGACCCUCGUUCAGCUUCUGGCCUGACUGGUUUCAGGUUGCGCAUGGUGAUGACGUCCCAUUCACUCUUGGUUCAUUACUGUUUUAUGGAGACGAAAGCAGGUUUGAGCCCGGAAUCCGGAAAGAAGACUACGGUUUGUUUAAGCAGCUCAAGUACAGCAGCACCGAAAAGGACUUUAUGAAAGCGAUGGUGGCGUCAAUGUCGGAAUUUGUCAAAACAGGAAAGCCAACAAUACCAGAAACAAAGGAAAUGUGGCCUAGGUACUCAUCUGCAAAGCCAGAGUACAUAAACAUCCGGCCUGGCAACACCACAAGACGGCGUGGGCCAAACAUAGACAUCUGUAAGGUUUGGAAGCGCGUUCUCAUGAAACAAGAGCCAGACACCAGUACCCGGGAAGCACAAGAAAAACGUACUUCAUCGAAAACGUCGCGCAAGACCACGUUGGUAGACCACAAGAAGGUGCAGCAACCAUCUGCGAAACAUGUUUCGGGGGCCGCGGAAAGCUCGUAUCUAGGCCAUUACCUGGCCGUGGCAAGCGCCGCAUUUGUACUUUCUGUGCACAUAGGUGCGGGUCCAAUUCGUGAUUAGUUUCUAUUUUGAUGAAUUGUCAAUAAAUUUUUUUAUGAGUG